ACUUGGAGUCAGAUAGAUGGUAAUCCGUCUGCGACUUGCAGCUUAGGCAGUUGUGCUCAGAAAAGCACGGGAACUGAAACACAGGUCCCCAGCCAUGAGUACUUCAGCACUUCAAUCAUGGGAAGCAGAGAACCACGUCAAACUAGUUGACCCUCAGCGCGAUGCCCUCUAUAACUAUGAUCAGGCAGCCGUCCAGGCGUUGAUGACUGCUAAGCCGUGGGCUCAAGACCCCCACUACUUCAAGUCAAUCCGUAUAUCCGCCACCGCAUUACUGAAGAUGGUCAUGCACACUCGAUCAGGAGGAAAUAUAGAGGUAAUGGGUCUCAUGCAAGGAUUCGUGGCUGCCAACACGUUUGUAGUCACUGAUGCAUUCCGACUGCCUGUUGAGGGAACGGAGACCAGAGUCAAUGCACAGGAUGAAGCGAACGAGUAUAUGGUCUCCUAUUUCCAGUCUUGCCGUGACUCUGGGAGGAUGGAAAAUGCGAUUGGCUGGUAUCAUAGCCACCCUGGAUACGGAUGCUGGCUGUCUGGAAUCGAUGUCUCGACACAAGAUACGCAUCAGACCUAUUCGGACCCCUUCGUUGCCGUCGUUAUUGACCCUGACAGGACUAUUUCAGCUGGAAAAGUGGAAAUUGGUGCAUUCAGAACUUUCCCCAAGGGCUACUCGCCAUCAGGUGGUGGACAGGAUGAGGAUGACGAAUAUCAGAGUAUCCCGCUGAACAAGGUCGAAGAUUUCGGUGCACAUGCGUCACAGUACUAUUCUCUUGAAGUAUCAAACUUCAAGAGCACGCUCGACACCAAGAUAUUGUCCUUACUCUGGAACAAAUACUGGGUCGCUACCAUCAGCCAAAGCCCGCUGUUUACCAACCGGGACUACGGGAGUAAGCAGAUGAAUGACCUCAGCCAGAAGAUCAAGAGAGCGACAAGAGCUUUAGAGGGCGGUGGGGUUUCCGGGGCGAGAGGUUCUGCAAUGGGCCACUCCAACCUAGAAGGGAAAGAUGGCCACUCAACAAAGGACCAGCAACUUGUCAAGAUUGUCAAGGACGGAGAUCGGAUUGUGGGGGAGGAACUGGCUGGCCUUAUGGCUGCAGAGAUUAAGGAGGUUCUUUUCAAAGGUGUUGGACAAACGAGCCCCCAAACAUCGAUAUAA